CACCGCUCUCCUCGACCCGGAGUUGCCUGGCUCCUGCUGCGAGGAGUUUGGAGCCGCCCCACCGCGGAGUCCUCUCCGGCCGAGCGUGAGCCACGCCAGGGCCCGGAGCCCGGGCGCCGUCGCCAUCUCUGUUGUUCGUUUGGUUUGGACCCCGGCAUCGAGGUGUUCUUCUCUGAAGUAAGAUGGCUUGUCAAAAAUUUUGUGUGGCUUUGCUAUAUUGCGAAUUUAUUUAUUUGAUAACGGCAUUUAACUUGACAUAUCCCAUUAAGUUGGUUUGCAUGCCACCAAAUACAACCUAUGACUUCCUCAUGCCUGCUGGAAUCUCAAAGAACACCUCAAAUUUGAAGGGACAUGAUGAGGCAUUUUUUGAAGCUAAAUCGAAUUCAAGCGGUACCGACUAUUCUAACUUAUUAUACAAAACAACUUUCCACUGUUGCUUUUGGAGAGAGGAAGAUAAAAACUGCUCUGUGCAUGCAGAAGGCAUUGAAGGGAAGGCAUCGGUUUCAACAGUAAAUUCUUUAGCUUUUCAGCAAACAGGUGCAAACUGGAACAUAGAGUGCUGGAUGAAAGAGGACUUGAAGUUAUUCAUCUGUUAUAUAGAGCCAUUAUUUAAGAAUUCUUUCAAGAAUUAUGACCUUAAGGCCCAUCUUUUGUAUGUUCUGCCUGAUGUGUUAGAAGAAUCAUCGCUGGUCCCUGAGAUGGGCAGUUUUCAACCUGUUCCAUGCAACUGUAGUGCUCAUGGAGGUUGUGAAUGCCAUGUGUCUGUGCCAGCAGCCAAACUCAAUGACACUCUUCUUAUGUACUUAAAAAUCACAUCUGCUGGAAUGGUGUUUCAGUCACCUCUCAUGUCAGUCCAACCCAUGAAUAUCGUGAAGCCAGAUCCACCAUCAGGUUUGCAUAUGGAAAUCACAGACAGUGGUAACUUAAAGAUUUUUUGGUCCAGUUCAACACUGGUACCUUUUCAACUUCAAUAUCAAGUAAAAUAUUCAGAGAAUUCUACAACAAGUAUGAGAGAAGCCUAUGAGAUUGUCUCAGCUACAUCUCUGCUAAUGGGUGGCGUGCUUCCUGGGUCUUCAUAUGAGGUUCAGGUGAGGAGCAAGAGACUGGAUGGCCCAGGAAUCUGGAGUGACUGGAGUACCCCUCUUAUUUUUACCACACAAGAUGUCCUAUACUUUCCACCCAAAAUUCUGACAAGUGUUGGGUCUAACGUGUCCUUUCACUGCAUCUACAAAAACGGAAACAAGGUCCUUUCCUCAAAAAAGAUUGUUUGGUGGAUCAAUUUAGCUGAGAAAAUUCCUGAAAGCCAGUAUGAUGCUGUGGGUGACCAUGUUAGCAAAGUUACCCUUCCCAAUCUGAAUGCCACUAGACCUCGAGGCAGGUUCACCUACGACGCAGUGUACUGUUGCAGCGAGCACGAGUGCCACCAUCGCUAUGCUGAGCUGUACGUGCUGGAUGUCAAUAUCAAAAUAUUAUGUGAAACCGAUGGGUACUUAACUAAAAUGACUUGCAGAUGGUCAGCCAAUGCAAUCCCAUCACUCACAGGAAGUACUUUGCAGUUGAGGUAUCAUAGGAACAGCCUUUACUGUCCUGAUGUUCCAACUAUUCAUUCCACAUCUGAAGCCAAAGAUUGCCAUGUGCAGAGAGAUGGUUUUUAUGAGUGUGUAUUUCAGCCCAUCUUUCUGUUGUCUGGCUACACAAUGUGGAUAAGGGUCAAUCACUCUUUGGGUUCACUUGACUCUCCUCCAACGUGUGUCGUUCCUGACUCCAUGGUGAAACCACUGCCUCCAUCCAAUGUGAAAGCAGAAAUUACUGUAAAAACUGGAUUAUUGAAAAUAUCUUGGAAAAAGCCAAUUUUUCCAGAGAACAAUCUUCAAUUUCAGAUUCGUUAUGGUUUAAAUGGAAAAGAAAUACAAUGGAAGAUGCAUGAGGUGUAUGAUGCGAAAUCAAAAUCUGCCAGUCUCCCAGUGCCAGACCUGUGCGCAGUCUAUGCUGCUCAGGUGCGCUGUAAGAGGAUGGACGGACUCGGAUAUUGGAGUGACUGGAGCACUCCAGCCUACACAGUUGUCACGGACAUCAAAGUUCCUAUCAGAGGACCUGAAUUUUGGAGAAUAAUUAAUGAAGACAUCACUAAAAAAGAGAGAAAUAUCACUUUACUUUGGAAACCUCUGUUGAAACAUGACUCAUUGUGCAGCGUGAGAAGAUAUGUGGUAAAACACAACACUUCCCUCAAAGGAACAUGGUCAGAAGAUGUGGGAAAUCAUACCAAUUUCACUUUCCAAUGGACAGAGCAAACACAUACCAUUACAGUUCUGGCUUUCAAUUCAAUUGGUGCCUCUUUUGCAAAUUUUAAUUUAACAUUCUCACAGCCUAUCAGCAAAGUAAAUAUCGUGCAGUCACUCAAUGCUUAUCCUUUAAACAGUAGUUGUGUGAUUCUUUCCUGGAUGCUAUCACUUAGUGAUUACAAUCUGAUGUAUUUUAUUCUUGAGUGGAAAAUUCUUAAUGAAGACAGUGAAAUUAAAUGGCAUAGGAUCCCUUCAUCUGUUAAGAGGUAUUAUAUCCAUGAUCAUUUCAUCCCCAUUGAUAAGUAUCAAUUCAGUCUUUACCCAGUAUUUAUGGAAGGAGUGGGGAAACCGAAGAUAAUUAAUAGUUUUACCCAAGGUGAUAUUGAAAAACUCCGGAAUUAUACAAGUAUAUAUGUAAUUGUGCCAAUAAUUAUUUCGUCUUUAACCUUGUUGCUUGGAACAUUGCUAAUAUUACAUCAAAGAAUGAAAAAACUGUUUUGGGAAGAUGUUCCAAACCCCAAGAAUUGUUCCUGGGCACAAGGACUUAAUUUUCAAAAGCCAGAAACAUUUGAGCAUCUUUUUAUCAAGCAUACAGAAUCAGUGACAUUUGGUCCUCUUCUUUUGGAGUCCGAAACCAUUUCAGAAGAUAUCAGUGUUGAUACAUCAUGGAAAAAUAAAGACCAGAAGGCACCAACACCUAUGGUUUCUCUACUUUUGACAACUCCGGGUCCUGAAAAGGGUUCUGUUUGUGUGAAUGACCAGUGCAAUAGUGCUAGCUUGUGUGAGGCAGAGUGCUCCACAAUAAGCUGUGAGGAUGAAAGCAGGAGACAACCCUCUGUUAAAUAUGCCACCCUGCUCUGCAACUCUAAAUCAAGUGCAAUUGAUGACGAGCAAGGGCUUAUAAAUAGUUCAGGCAGCAAAUGUUUCUCUAGCAAGAAUUCUCUAUCAAAGGAUUCUUUCUCAUGGGAUAUAGAAACACAGGCAUUUUUACUGUUAUCAGAUCAGCAUCCCAAUAUAAUUUCACCGGACCUUACAUUCUCAGAAGGAUUGGAUAAACUUUUGAACCCUGAGGGAAAUUUCUCUGAAGAAAAUAAUGAUGAAAAAUCUGUCUAUUAUUUAGGGGUCACCUCAAUUAAAAAAGAGAGUACUGUGUUUUUGACUGAUGAGUCAAGGGUGUUGUGUCCAUUCCCAGCCCACUGUUUAUUCACUGACAUCAGAAUCCUCCGGGACAGUUGCUCACACCUUGUAGAAAAUAAUUUCAACUUAGGAACUUCUGACCAGAAGACUUUUGUAUCUUACAUGCCUCAAUUUCAGACUUGUUCUGCUCAGACUCAGAAGAUAAUGGAAAACAAGAUGUGCGACCUAACUGUCUAAUUUCAACCAAGAAACAUCUCAGAUUAUGUCACAAUGAAUCAUAUAAAGUGUAAUAUAUUCCACUAGAGUUGUGGAUAGAGGAGAGAAAAGAAAAUUGUCAGUCAAAUUUGAAAGUGAUUGUUCCAAGAUUAAUGGUAUCUGUUUGUCCUCACUCAGUCAUACAUAGACAAAAAAACCUUGAGAAGCUUUCAUGAGCCUAGCAGUGGAGACUGACUUUUCUAAUGACUCUUUUAACAAGCUACAGUGGGAAGGUCUCCAAUGUCUCGUCUGUAGCUAAAAAUAAGCCCAGCAAAUAUCUUUUGCUAACUUUAGACCUGAGUAGAAAGAGUUUCUGAACUACACCUACAUCUGUGAGAAAACUUCAGACUAACACUUGUGAGAUAUAACUGCUACUUCAAGGACAUGGUGGUUCUACCUGGAGUUGCCUUUGUUUCACACUAAUUUAUGAGCGUGCCUACAUGCUCAUGCACACACACUCCCUUAAUAGGCAUCAUUGUGCUUUUUUAAAGUAUGCAAUGUGUUUGUAAUUUGUGCUACUAGACUUUGUGAUUUAACAAUUUUUCAGUUUAACAAAUUUGCCUUGAGCACUUACUCUGUGUUAAACACGCCACUAAGUGUUGCAUUUAAAUAGAGGAUUUACCCUGGUCUGGCAAGUAAGCCAAUAUUUAUGUAUGAAAUCUAAAAUAUGUACCAUAGAAUUAAACCACUUAUAAUAAUGGCAAUAUCCACAAACCAGUACCUUGAGGACAACACAAGCACUUUUGAAAACCUGUGUUCUAAGUCCUCGCCAUAGAGAUGUUGAAGUGUUCAUUUACUGAUAGUUAGAUUGCCCAGUGUUGCCGUAUAUCACCCGAGACUCACUGUCUUCCCCCAUUCUCACCUACAUGUACACUUGUUUCUCACUUAACUGAACAUUCUCUCUAUAUGUAAACCAACCACUGUGCUAAUACUUUCCAUACUUUAACUCAAUUGAUUAUUAAAAUAAUUGUAUGUGACAUGUACUACUAUUAUGCUUCUUUUAAAGAUUAGGAGAGUAACUAAUUUGCCCAAGGUCACAGGGUUAGUGGAAGGUGGAACCAGAAUUCAGAUCUAAACUCACAUCUUUUCAAUGCUAGUGAUUAUAUUUUUAACCUCACCUUGCAUUGCCUUCCAUUAAAACAACACCUACAGAAACUGGUGUGUAAUCAAAUGGAAUUUAUUAAGUACAAAUAUGAUGCAAGAUGAAAAUUCAGUAAGAAUUACCCAGGUAUUGUCUUUGCCUUUAAAGAUUUUAAAGUUUAUUUAUUUCAGCUUUUGGUAUGGCAAGGAAAUUGAAAGACGGCAUAUUGGGCAACAAAUUAAAUUAAAAGACUGGCACAGAGAUAUUCAAUGGCAAUAAGCAAGAAUUUGAAGAUUAUCAAAAGAAAUGCCAUAGUCCUCA